AGCGUCCCUCCCACGAGCCCACGACGCCCCUUCCCGCACCCAACUCCAAUCUUCUUACGCGGCCCAGCCGGGACUCCAACCGGCUCGCCAUUUCAAAAACGAAACGGCGCCGUCGGCAGUUUGGCGGAGGCUCGACGGAAGCCCACAGCUGGCACGCGGAAGCCGAAGCAGCAGGCCGAGUACGAUUCCUGUCCCGCGUCCGGACCUCGCUCGCUCGCUCAACGCUGCGUAUUUUCAGCGCCCGACACGGAAAGGCGGGUCCACACAGAGUCGUGCCUCGGGCGAUGGAAAUUGAAAGGAGGGUAAGUUCAAAGCAGCAGCAGCUAAGGAGACGACUUUGAUUCCAAACUGGAUCAAUUGCAUGUGCAAGGGGCGGGCUGUUCGAUUCUUGGAUUAAUCGAUUUAUUUGAUAAAAUGAACACAGUGAUUUGACUAUUUCUAUGGUAAUUCAACAUCGAAUCACACAGGAGGCUGCUCAUCGCAUCGAGGGGGGCUUACUACAGGGAGAAGAGGGAGCGGCCCUGCGGCGCACAGAUCUGAGGCAGGUAUGAGCCUCCGCCAGCGGGGAAGCCGUACGGGAGUCGGAGACGACUAUGGCACGGGCCGUGGGAUGGGCGAGGUGUCCGGGGAAGGGGACGGGGUUUACAACGUCAUCCCCGUCCAUAACUUGCUGGCGGAUCACCCGUCGCUCCGGUUCCCGGAGGUGCGAGCUGCCAUGGCCGCGCUGCGCACCGUCGGGGAGCUUCGGAAGCCGCCCUUCGUCCGCUGGCACGGCGGCCUUGAUCUCCUUGACUGGCUUGGGGCUUUCUUCGGCUUCCAGCGAGACAAUAUCCGCAACCAGCGGGAGCACCUCGUGCUCCUCCUUGCCAACGCCCAAAUGCGAAUCCAUCCCCCGCCGGACGACAUCGACGUCCUCCAUGCCAAGGUCGUCCGCCGCGUCCGCAAGAAACUCCUCCACAACUACACCGCAUGGUGCUCCUACCUUGGCCGCACGCCGAACGUCUGGAUUGACAUCCGCCGUGCCGCCUCCGACCACCGCCGCGCCGCCUCCGACCCCCGCCGCGAGCUCCUCUAUGCGGCCCUCUACCUCCUCAUAUGGGGCGAGGCUGCCAACGUCCGUUUCGUUCCCGAGUGUCUCUCCUAUAUCUUUCAUCACAUGGCCGGGGAGCUCAACCGCAUCCUCGAGGACUACAUCGACGAGGCGACGGGCCAACCUGCCCUCCCAGCUGUCUCCGGCGAGAACGCUUUCCUCACCCGCGUCAUAACCCCCAUUUACGAGACCAUCAAGCGCGAGGUUGACGCCAGCCGCAACGGCACAGAGCCCCACUCCGCCUGGCGCAACUAUGAUGACAUCAACGAGUACUUUUGGAACAACCACUGCUUCGAGAGCCUCCGUUGGCCGCUCGACCGGUCUAAGAAUUUCUUCGCCACUCCGCCUACCAAGAACCGCGUGGGGAAGACGGGCUUCGUUGAACAGCGCUCUUUCUGGAACCUCUACCGCAGUUUUGACCGCCUCUGGGUCAUGCUCAUCCUCUUCCUUCAGGCGGCCAUCAUUGUGGCCUGGCACGGAAGCAAGACGUACCCGUGGCAGAACCUCCAAAUCCGAGAUGAUCAGGUCCGUGUCCUGACCAUCUUCAUUACCUGGGCCGGCCUCCGCUUGCUGCAGUCCCUCCUCGACGUUGGCACCCAGUACAAGCUUGUCUCACGCGAGACCAGAUUGCUCGGUGUGCGAAUGGUGCUCAAAAUACUCGUUGCUGCGGCGUGGACUGUCGCAUUCCCGAUCCUGUACUCCCUAAUGUGGAAUCAGAGGAACCGAGACAGAACAUGGUCGGAUGCAGCGAAUCGACGGGUGACGAACAUGUUGGUGGCUGCCGCAGUGUUCAUCCUCCCUGAAUUGCUUGCCGUUGCGCUCUUCGUUAUCCCUUGGCUCCGGAAUUUCCUUGAGAAGACCAAUUGGAGGAUUUUUUAUGUUCUCACCUGGUGGUUCCAGAGUCGCACCUUUGUGGGUAGGGGGCUACGAGAGGGCCCGCUGGACAGCUUCAAGUAUGCCCUUUUCUGGAUUGUACUCCUUUCUGUAAAGUUCAUCUUCAGCUACUUCUUGCAAAUCAAACCAAUGAUCUCCCCAACUAAAGCCAUACUUAAUCUUCAAGGUGUUCAAUACCAGUGGCAUGAGUUCUUCUCCCAUACAAACAGGUUUGGUGUGUUCAUUUUGUGGCUUCCUGUUGUUCUUAUUUAUCUGAUGGACAUCCAGAUCUGGUACUCAAUCUUCUCUUCAAUGGCCGGGGCGCUAGUAGGCCUGUUCUCACACCUUGGUGAGAUUCGUGAUGUGCAACAAUUGAGGCUGAGAUUCCAGUUCUUUGCAAGUGCCUUGCAGUUCCAUCUGAUGCCAGAAGAACAUGUUUUCCGGCAGCAUGGUUCACUGCAAAAUAGAAUCAGAGAUACUGUGAACCGGCUGAAGCUGAGGUAUGGCUUGGGCCGCCCGUACAACAAGAUUGAAUCACAUCAAGUUGGUCCUAGCAGGUUUGCAUUGAUAUGGAAUGAAAUCAUUCACACAUUCAGAGAGGAAGAUAUUGUGAAUGACCGGGAAGUGGAGCUUCUUGAGCUGCUUCCAUAUGCAUGGAAUAUCCGAGUGGUUAGGUGGCCGUGCUUAUUACUCGGCAAUGAACUUCUUCUUGCUCUUGGCCAAGCAAAGGAAUUGAAGGCUGAUGACAGAAGACUCUGGAGAAAGAUUAGCAAACAUGAAUAUAGGCGUUGUGCAGUCAUUGAGGCUUAUGACAGCAUCAAGUAUUUGUUCCUGGAGAUCAUCAAGGAGGGAACCGAAGAACACUCCAUUGUUGCUGGAUUGUUUGAGGGAUUUGAUAGCAGCAUUCGCGUGGAGAAAUUCACUGUAGAAUAUAACAUGCAUGUGCUGCAGAAUCUUUAUGGCAAAUUGCUUGACCUACUGAACACAUUAAUCAAGCCAAAUAAAGAUGUGUACAAAGUGGUCAAUGCACUGCAGAUGCUGUAUGACAUAGUUACUCGUGAUUUCUCCAAGAACAAGAAGAGCUUAGAGAAACUUAAAGAAUCAGGUUUGGCACCAACUGGGUCAACUGAGUUGCUCUUUGAGAAUGCCGUUGUGAUACCCACUGCGGAAAAUGAUAACUUCUAUCAGCAGGUAAGGAGACUCCAAACAAUCCUUACUUCUAAGGAUUCCAUGAAUAACGUUCCAAAAAAUCUUGAGGCCAGGAGACGCAUUGCAUUCUUCAGCAACUCAUUGUUCAUGAACAUGCCUAGAGCUCCGCAGGUAGAAAAGAUGCGGGCAUUCAGUGUGCUGACUCCAUAUUACAAUGAGGAAGUUCUGUACAGCAAGGAACAACUUCAGUCAGAAAAUGAGGAUGGCAUCUCCAUCUUAUUUUAUUUGCAAAAGAUUUAUGAAGAUGAAUGGGCAAACUUCUUGGAACGCAUGAAGAGAGAGGGCAUGACUGAUGAGGAGGAGUUAUGGGGUAAAAGAUCAAGGGAUCUUCGACUUUGGGCCUCAUAUAGAGGUCAGACCUUGUCACGGACUGUGCGGGGAAUGAUGUACUACUACAAGGCUCUCAAGAUGCUUGCAUUUCUUGAUUCUGCUUCCGAGAUUGACAUAAGGGAAGGAUCGAGGGAGCUACCUUCAGUUGGUUCCUCGAGGAGGCAAAUAGAAGAUUUAGAUAACUUGGAGGAUGGUGGUAAGUCAUCGGCAUCCCAAAGUCUGAGCAGAGCUAGCAGCAGUGUCGGUUUGUUGUUUAAAGGUCAUGAACAUGGUACUGCUCUAAUGAAGUAUACGUAUGUGGUCGCCUGCCAGAUUUAUGGAAACCAAAAAGCUAAAAAUGACACACGUGCUAAUGAUAUUUUGUAUCUGAUGAAGAACAAUGAAGCCCUCCGUGUUGCUUAUGUUGAUGAAGUGAAAUCAGUCAGGGAUGAAGUGGAGUAUUUUUCUGUUCUUGUUAAAUAUGAUCAACAACUGGAGAAAGAAGUGGAGAUAUACAGGGUCAAGCUGCCUGGACCUCUAAAACUUGGAGAAGGCAAGCCAGAGAACCAGAAUCAUGCUCUUAUCUUCACAAGGGGUGAUGCAAUACAAACAAUCGACAUGAAUCAAGACAACUACUUUGAGGAGGCCCUCAAAAUGCGCAAUCUGUUAGAAGAAUACUCCUCCAAUUAUGGUGCUCGAAAACCAAAUAUCUUGGGAGUCCGUGAACAUGUUUUUACAGGUUCUGUUUCUUCCCUGGCUUGGUUCAUGUCAGCUCAGGAGACAAGUUUUGUCACCCUUGGACAGAGGGUUCUGGCAAACCCUUUAAAGAUACGGAUGCAUUAUGGCCAUCCUGAUGUCUUUGACCGCAUUUGGUUUUUAAGUCGAGGAGGCAUUAGUAAAGCUUCAAGGGUCAUCAAUAUCAGCGAGGAUAUAUUUGCAGGAUUUAAUUGUACACUUCGUGGUGGCAAUGUUACCCACCAUGAAUAUAUACAAGUUGGUAAAGGCCGAGAUGUUGGCCUGAAUCAAAUAUCUAUGUUUGAAGCCAAAGUGGCUAGUGGUAAUGGUGAACAGACCUUAAGCAGAGAUGUUUAUAGGCUAGGUCAUAGGUUGGAUUUCUUCCGGAUGCUCUCUUUCUUUUACACAACUGUGGGGUUCUAUUUUAACACAAUGAUGGUGGUAUUGACGGUCUAUGCAUUCGUCUGGGGUCGCCUUUAUCUGGCUCUUAGUGGCCUUGAGAGUUCCAUCAGAAGCAAUGCUGACUCUACAAAUAAUGCAGCUCUUCAGACUGUUCUCAAUCAGCAAUUCAUUAUCCAGCUUGGGCUUUUUACUGCAUUGCCAAUGAUUAUAGAAAAUUCUCUUGAGCAUGGUUUUCUACCUGCGAUCUGGGAUUUCUUGACAAUGCAAUUACAGCUUGCAUCAGUGUUCUAUACUUUCUCAAUGGGAACUAAGACCCAUUAUUAUGGGCGUACUAUUCUUCAUGGAGGUGCAAAAUAUCGAGCUACGGGACGUGGUUUCGUUGUUGAACACAAGAAAUUUGCUGAGAAUUAUAGACUCUAUGCACGCAGCCAUUUCAUAAAAGGAAUAGAGCUAGGGAUAAUAUUGACAUUGUAUGCUGCCUAUAGUGCCACUGCAAAGAAUACUUUUGUUUACAUAGUAAUGACCAUCUCAAGCUGGUUUUUGGUCAUAUCAUGGAUCAUGGCUCCAUUUGCAUUCAAUCCAUCUGGUUUUGAUUGGUUGAAAACUGUUUAUGACUAUGAUGAUUUCAUGAACUGGAUUUGGUAUCCUAGUUUUAUUUCUGCAACGUCUGAUCAAUCUUGGAAGAAAUGGUGGGAUGAAGAAAAUGAUCAUCUUCGGAAAACUGGACUUUGGGGAAAAUUAUUGGAGAUCAUAUUAGAUCUCCGCUAUUUCUUCUUCCAGUAUGGUAUCGUGUACCAGCUAAACAUUGCAAGUCAUAGCCGUAGUGUUGCUGUGUAUCUACUUUCUUGGAUAUACAUCGUUGCUGCUAUUUUGAUUUUUGUCAUUGUGGAUUAUGCUCAAGAUAGAUAUGCUGCCAAGAAACACUUGAAAUAUCGGGCCAUUCAAUCUUUAGUAAUAGUCUCUCUAGUAGCUGUCAUCGUUCUACUGUUGCAGUUCACUUCCUUUGAAAUUGUUGAUUUCUUCACAAGCUUGUUAGCAUUCAUUCCAACUGGUUGGGGUUUAAUCUCCAUUGCUCAAGUUUUCAAACCAUUUCUCCAAGACACUGCUCUAUGGGAAUCUGUGGUUGCUGUGGCUCGGUUCUAUGAAAUCAUGUUUGGAGUAAUUGUCAUGGCUCCCGUGGCAUUCCUGUCCUGGUUGCCUGGUUCCCAGGAAAUGCAGACAAGAGUGCUCUUCAACGAAGCAUUUAGUCGAGGUCUCCAGAUAUCAAGAAUUCUUAUUGGAAAAAAGUCUAGUGACAUUCGAGGUUAACAUCAGGUUCAUGCUUGCUUAGCAGAGAUACAUCUGUGCCAUUUCAUACUUCUGGGGUAAUGCAUAAUGUGGGAGGUAUUUUUUUUCUUAGCUGAAUCCCCUUCUCAUACGAUCUGUUUGUAUGUAUGUAAUCACGGAACUCAUUAACCAAUAUUUCCUCCCCUACAUUCAGUAAAUUUGAGAUGUAUUGUAGUCCUGUAACCAUAUAUAGUUUGGUGUCGAUUCUGUUGUUUUGUUGAAAUUUUGUAAAAUACAUUUCAUUCUCAUGGCCUGGUCAUCUUAGUUUUCUAGAUA